CGUGGGUAUAAAAGAUUGCUUUUACGUGACCGAAAUCGCAGAAUUUCUGAGCGAAAAUUGACUGUAUGUCGCUGAAACCACCAGGUUUCAGUGUGACUUCUGUUGUGGUGUUUUGCGUUUUGAUUUCGCGCCAUAUGCGGAAAAGCGGCUCGUUCGCCGGAAAAGAACAUGUUGAAUGACCAGUGAACCAAUCAGCUCGGGCCAUUCAUCUGACAGCUAUUGUCAUUAACGUAUUCCAUUUUGACUCCGCCCAUCUAUUUUGUCGCAAAAGUUCAAAAGAGCCAAGCGUAUCGAGUUAUCUGGCAUUUCUGUUGUUUCUUUUUACGGUCGAUGGGCUGACUAUGGGUUUUGACGUGGAGAGGUUUUUGGAACCAGUGGACGACGAUUUGAAAUGCGGUAUAUGUUUUGGUGUUCUAGAGGAGCCCUUAGCAACCCCUUGUGGCCAUGUAUUCUGUGCGCAGUGUAUUAUUCAAUGGACAGCCGAGAGCGGAUCGUGUCCUCUCACAUGCGAACAGAUUUGUGUCGACGAUCUAAAGAAAAUACUACCAUUGAGUAGUCUCAUCGCGAAGCAAAAUAUUCGAUGCGAGAAUUUUCGUCGAGGUUGCCCGGCCAUUUUACUGGUAGAGAAUACUCAGUCACAUCUUUUAAAAUGCCGCUACGCAAAGGGUUUUACAUCCGGAGGUAAAAUUAUGGAACGUAACUCAAAUUCCACGGAAAGUCGCGAAUUCGCGAGAGUUGUAGUAUGCGAGAGUGGCUGCGGCCUUCCGCUGCUCUACCAAGACUCCUCUACACAUGACUGCAUAAAGGCCCUUCAAAUUCAGAUCGCCUCGCUUCAGAUGAAAUUAACUAGGGCGGAGCAGGAAAAAGAGUUGGCCUGCGAGAGAAUAGCGCGCAGAGAGGAGGCAAAUCAGGACAGAAUUUUAAAUUUGGAGAAUGAACUUCAUAGCUACCAAGUUCAGGUGCUAAACUUCGAAAGGCAAUUAAAAGAAUACCGGUUACAAGUGGGUAUAUUUCAGAAGUACAAUGAUCCGCGCGCAGACCAGGCCGCCGAAGAAAUCGAAGUCGAAGUAACGCUGACGCGGGUAAACGGUGGAUCGCUUGGCUUUAAUAUCAUGGGGGGCACAGAGGUCGGAAGUAGUAAUUCACUCGGUGGCGGGAUUGUGGUUUCCAAGGUCGCAGACGGCGGCCCGGCCUCGAAGGAAGACGGUUUGAAAAUACAAGACAAAAUUUUGAAGGUGAACGGUAUCGACCUAUCGGAGGCCAGCCACGCCACAGCUGUAGAAGUCAUUAAAACAGCUUCGGAACCGCUGCAUAUCGUAGUGAGACGAAAGUGCUCAGACGCCAUCGUGGAUUGUGUGCCUUGUGUGACGUCUACUGGCACCCAGACGGACCUUUGUCUUGUUCAAGACGUCGAGAGCAUGGAUACAGACAGCGGAAUUCACGACCGGUACAGCCCAAGGCAGGACUUGCUGAUACCAUUCGAGAAGUCUCUUGAUGACGGCACAAGCAGUUCGGAAAGCUCCCACCGCCGAAUCGAAUCCUUUUGUAGGGACGAUGUAGAGAACUUGCGCUCGACAAGCGAGAGUUUGCCGAGUUCUGAGAACAUUGUUGGCAGCGAGCAAGGUACACUGCCUCGUGUCACGCUCGUUGUAAAAGACGUGAAUUAUGUUCAUGAUGUUGAUGAGAACUCCAACUGUGACUUGCAAGGUCAGCCUUACGUGACAGCAGUUUCCGACGAGAUUUAUUUCGACCCUGAGUUUGACUAUGAAUAUGAGGAAAUAACUCUCUGGAUAGCAAAUUGUGAUCUAGGAUUAACAUUCUGUUGUGCAGAAGAAGACGAAGCAACUGUCUAUGUUUGCGAGAUUGAGCCUGGCUCUGUCGCGUACCUUGAUGGGAGGUUGACGCUAUGUGAUGUAGUUUUAAAGAUCAACGAUGUUCCUGUGACGCAUCUCAGUGAUAUUGAACCUCUUGUAUACGAAUCAACCUCCACGAUCAAGUUUCUUGUAGCAAGACCAGCACAAGAGGUACGGGCCACUCUUUUGGGCAGUGAAGGAAGUCAAGACUGGGGCUUUGUGGAUCCAAUCGACGCGGAACUAAGUAGCUUCAGAAUUGAUGUGAUCAAAGAAGAAGACGAAGAUGGAAACGAUACGUUGAACAGCGAGAAAACGAACGGCGACAAAUGCGAAAAGGACAGCGGAGUCGGAAGAACCGACGAGAGCACGAAAAAUGACGAAAGCUCCGGACCCGACGUCGUAGAGGAAGCUCGGCCGUCGCAAAACUCUCGUAAAAAUUCGCAGGAAAACGGCGACAAACGCUUAGUUAAGGACGAUUCAAACACGCGCGAACGAAAGAGUAGUAGUUCCACGCGUGGUAAGGAGGACCGAGCGUUUUCUCCCAUACGGUCGGGAGAAAACUGCUCUGGGAAAUCUCGGGACAAUUCAUCACCGGGCGAGAAAGACUCUAGUCGAAAUCACAAGGAGCGCUCUCCCGAAAACGGUCGUACACGCCGCCAUAGCAGUGGAUCUCCAACUAAAAGUCUUUCACCUACGCACAAUGGAGGAUCGCCUCCCAGAAAGGAUAGAGACAAGGAAAAGAGUAAAGAACGGAAAAAGAACAGAGAUUCACACAAAGACAAUCAUGAAACUCGCGGUGAACGAGAUCGCAGUCGACACUCCGACCAGAAGCGUAACAGUAAACUAGGCAACGUAAGCAGGACAAUUCGUGCGUCUUACAUAAGAGCCGUGAACAAGGACUCGACUCAACACAUCAAUUUGAUUGGCGAGUCGGAUUGUUUCGGUGGAAGGGGUGAUUAUCACGACCAUCGUAGCAAACAGAAGUCAAAUCUCACUGACAAUCAAUCUCUAAACGGAUCUCAACAGAACAUUGAAUGGAAAGUUCGAAUGUCCAAAGACGGUAGUCAGAUUUUUGUUCGCAAAAGGCCUGCCACUGCAGCGAGGCAGGCGAGGAAUAAACUUCUGCGCGACCGUGCCCAAAAAAUUACCGACGAACGCAAAGGCAUGACAACUGAUGACGACACACAAACCGUUUACCAAGGCCGUUACUGGCCGAGAGAGGACCGGAGACGACACUUAGAACGAGUGCGGGAAGCGCGCCGAAAGAAAAUCCAAAAACUACAACAGCUGAAAGAAUCCGAGAGCCCGCACACGGGCAGCGGUUCGGAGAGUGGCAAAGGACGCCGGGAUAUCAUCGUUGAGAUGAGUCACAGAAAAAUGAACAGGAAGCAGUUUGAUGACUUUACAACAGUUCGUGAAUAUCUAACUCAACGAAACCCCGACGGGUCCCCCGUUGGUCCGAUUCACGUUACCACUGUGUGAAAAGUGACGUUUUAACACUUAUAUCGUCAAAGACAAUUUUUUUUGUCGAACUUAAGUAUUGACCUCAAUGAGGCCAAAAGGUUAUCUGAUGUUUUAUUUGUUUUAUGUUGCGUACUUAUUCAAUUUCUGUAAUAAUUUCGGCUUGUAUAUCGUGAAAUGUCCGACAAUUGGGUGGGGUAUUUCACGCAAAACUAGUGAGAAAGCACUGAAUAGUUAUUUUUCGUCCCGUGCCGAGUUUUUGGCGGGAAGUACGGUUCGAAGUGGCGGGAGCGAAUGAGAGACAAAAAACCGCCAAAGAUGCAACGAAUUCCUCUCCUUUAGAUUGGAUUUUUUUAUAAAAUUAUAGUUUCUACUUUCAUGGGAAAAAUUUCUUUGCAAUUGUCCAUCAAUGAUAGGAGUAGUGAAUUCUUUAGCUUCUAGGCUGCAAUUGAAAGUAAUUUCCCAUUUUAGUCAUGGAUAAAACGCAGCCUGAUCGUUUUGUUUCUUAAAAAAACGAUAAAACGGCAAUGUUUGUUGCUCAUGAAGCCACUAAAAAAAUCAAACGUCGGUUAAUAUAGCUGUUGUGUUGCAAACUUGAAAGUUUUUAUGGGGAGGGGGGAUUCUUUAUAAAUUAGUUUACCGCCGUUCUGUUCUAAAUUUUCAAAUCUUCUAUGAAUAUUUUUAUUUGUUGCAGUUAUGGAAAACGAACAUUUUUAUUAAACAUUUAUUUAACUUUUUUCAACAUUGUCCGAAAUCUUCUUCGGAGCCGUUACUUAGGCGGUUACGCAACACUUGUUAAAGGUCGCGUGACGGCCUUGAAGGAGAGUGUCGAGAGAAUACAUUGUUCGUUGUUAAGAUUUAUUGUUUAUGUUAUGUAAGGCUUGUAAUUUACUGCCAAAAAGUUAAGCAAAAAUUCCCGAAUUGUAUCUAUGUAUAAAGUAAAAGAUGUAGUAUUAUUAUAAGAAACAAAUUUAAUCAAUUUAAAGAGCUAUCUAUGACAUUUUUUUUUCUGUUUUCAAGCAACGAAGGAAAGAGUGACAAAGAAUGGAAAACAAGUUUAUCAUAAGUUUAUGGAACGAAAUGCGAAAAUGUAUAGAAAUACGACGCGAGAAUAAUUAUGCGUUAUCUUAACGCUCUGGGAUGAGUAUUUAAAAGACUUUUUUUUUAUCAAAAUGGCAGUCGAACCACUAGCAAACGCCAGUCGUGGAAACUGAAAUUUAAGCUUAUAUAUUUGUAAAUAUAAUUAUUUCCAGUCACUAUUUUCUUUAAAAGGUGAAACUUAACGCCGCAAAUUUGUUUUACAACUUAUAAGCAGUGGCCGCCAUUUUGAACAGCGGUUGUGAUUUUUAUAAGUUAAUUCUUUGUCAGUCUAAAUUCCUUCAACGUUUAACAAAUUUAAAACGUAACCAACUUGGUGAAAUCUGCAAUUGUAAAGCCCUGAACUUAACAAUGGCUGGACUCUUUUGCGCUUAUUUCUUUGGGCAAAAAUAUUAGAACUAAAUCUUGUAAAUAAAAAUUCGUCUUCGCUUGCUGAAGGAGCACGUAAUGUUUUCAACGAAAAAUAGAAAUCGGCAAUGAAUUAGAUUGACUACCGUUUAAGUCAUUGCAGUUGUAAACAAGUCUGUGUCUCUCUGCCAUAAUAUACUUCUGUCUCUUACGAACUGCUAAGUUUGGUUUUUCCAUUUUAGAAAUAUAUUAACGUCGUAAACUUUAAGACGUUAAAGUCCACUUAAUUUUGGGACUUAACAGUAUUCUUUGAAAAUGUCAUUAAAAUCGAAAACCUGA